GACACCACGUGCUUCUAAUUGGUGUUGACGAUGUUGAAAUUUUUGAUGCUAUUGCUGUUGACGAAACUAAAUUCUUCAAUGAAGUGAUUAUUCUGUUAAAAACUUCAGUUUAGUAUACUGAAUUUUCUAAAUGAUGAAAGACGUUUAUGUGUCAUUAAUAUCAGUGUAUAUACCACUUCGAUCAUGUUUUCUAUAAUCGGCGAUGUCAGUGACUUUUAGGUUAGGUUUUGUAAAGAAGUAAACACAAAUACGCGCUAUCCAAAUUUUGUUUUGAACCAUUACUACAACAAUAAAUUUUAAAAAGUGCAGGUGACUGUCUAUGCAAUAAAAUAAGAUUGUGUGUAGUUAAUAUAACAGAAAAAAAUGGAUUUAUCAGAUGAAGAGGAUAUGUUCGCACUUAGUGAAGAAGAACUCGCACAACCUGUUCUGAAAGUGAAUCCUGUCGAGGAAAAUUUAAUAACCGAACUCAAUGGCAUACAAAAACGAAUUGAUCGAACAAACAGUGAGAUUCGAGAAUUUCAAUCCUUAAUUAGAAAGGGUUUAAAACAAUUCGCCCAUGUUGCCAAGUACGGAGAGGAAAUUGAUGUGGAUAUCGGAGGAGAGUGGUUUACAAUCUCUGGGGAACCAAUAAUUCAAGAAGGAACGCAAAAGGUUCUGAAAUGUAAGCAACCUUUGGCAAUACGAAACCUUUGUCAGUAUAUCAUCGACGAUAAAUGGCUAAUCUUAGUUACUCUUCGAAACACAUCUAACUGGCUCUUGAAAGACUUAAGGUUCUAUAUUUGUCUAAAAAAUGACAACGAAUUAAAUGGCACUUCAACAUUUUGGAUUCUCGCAGACGACUCCUUUUGGAACACCACGGAUUGCAUCAAACCAAAUGCAGAUUUAAUAAUAGGAAUAGUAGUUCUAGACGUGCCUACCUUUGAGGAGGAGUCAUUAGUGGAGGCAUGCGGGACUAUUUUAUACGAAGCAGAAGAUAAACCAUACCAAACAGUUGUACCCAAUUUUCAUUUAUCUGUAGACAAAACUAUCGAUGGAACUUGUACAGUCGAUUUCAAGAAUGACCCCCUAGUCAGUAUCCUGGCCAUGAAAGCAGUUUCGGUUGAAAAAGUACUGUCGUUUGAUAUAGAAUUGGCGACUGCAGGUGAACGGUUUUUUGAUUUUUUGGACAAAUAUUCUUUCGAGGAGGUUAUCGACGACAUUCGAGUCGUUAGGAACUUUGGUUCUUUAAAGUACUGCAUUUUAGAGAUACUAUCUAUCACAGAUGCCGAGGUGAAGAUCAAAGUCUCUGCUGGGUCGAUUGCUCAACUCAGUAUUGUAUUAACACUGCUCCGACAGGAGUUUUCGGAUGUUCCGGAUCUUGAAGAAGAAGAAAACUGCCUGGAAGCUGUAAAAACUCUUUUACAAGAGUUGGAACUCUUCUUAAGUAACGAAUCUUCAGCCAAAUUACAAAGAGCAAAAAUUAAUUCUGACAUUAUUAUUCCUUAAGUGUGUUAGAGAAUCUUUUCCAAAUUUAAAGAUAUAAAUUUAAACAUUACGGAUAUAUUUGUCUAUGACAGAAUAAUUAUAG